AACUCCCAAUACAACUUAAAUCCGAAAAAAAUAAAAUAAAGGAAGAAAAAAAAAAACAAAUUAAAGCUCAACUGUCUCCUUCGAGCAUCAUCUUCCCCCAUUUAAAAUUUCACCCGAAACAGGAAAAAGAAAAGACAAGAAUAAAAAAAAAAAAAUAAUCUCGCACUUCACCAAUCUCUUCUCAACCAAACCACCAACCGCCAGAUCUCUAACCUCCGUUGAAAGCGAAGCCUCAACUCCUCUGUCGGCAGUACCAAACCCUGAGAUCUCACUGCGGUUUUAGCCCCAGAUCGAUUCGAUUUCGAUUUCGAUUUCGAUUCCGUCGACACGAUGUUGGUCCAGGAUCGAUCCGCUCCGAAACCCUCGCGUCCCGAGAGAUCGCCGAGGAAGAGCAAGAUCCUGGAUCCGAGCUCCUGGACCUCGGAUAACUCGUCGAGGUUCGCCAUCGUUUUGUUGCUGGUCGUUACGACGGUCGCCGCCGUGUUCUUUUUGCCGAGUAUUGGUGACACCGCCGCCCUCCUCUGCUUCGAGCGCUCGCAUUCGACCCCAAACCCCUCUUCUUUGAUUGACUACCCUAGAAUUGAUUGGAACAAGAUCCCACCUUUGCCUCCCCUAAACCCUACCUCGCCUUUUGCUUCCUUCCGGUCGGAUCGAUGGAUUGUUGUCUCGGUGUCGAGUCACCCGACUCCGUCGCUGCAGCGGCUCGCCCGCGUGAAGGGCUGGCAGCUUCUUGCUGUGGGCAACUCCCACACUCCUCAAGAUUGGUCGCUCAAAGGCGCCAUCUUUCUCUCCCUCGAGCUUCAAGCCCAGCUAGGGUUUCGGAUCACCGGUCACUUGCCGUACAAUUCGUAUGUCAGGAAGUCUGUUGGGUACCUCUUCGCCAUCCGGCAUGGUGCCCGUAAGAUCUUCGACGCUGAUGACCGUGCUGAUGUGCUUGGGGAUGGAGAUCUUGGCCGGCAUUUCGACCUUGAGCUGAUUGGAGAAGUAACUAGUCAUCCUGUUUUGUUGCAGUACAGUCACCAUGACCCGAACAGGACUGUGGUGAACCCUUACGUGCAUUUCGGACAGCGGUCGGUUUGGCCGAGAGGGCUUCCUCUUGAGAAUGUAGGGGAAGUUGGACAUGAGGAGUUUUAUACUGAGGUGUUUAGUGGCAAGCAGUUCAUUCAGCAGGGUUUGUCUAAUGGCUUGCCGGAUGUCGAUUCAGUGUUCUAUUUCACCCGUAAGUCGUCUGGGUUGGAGGCUUUUGACAUUAGGUUUGAUGAUGAUGCGCCAAAGGUGGCGUUGCCUCAGGGGACUAUGGUACCAGUGAAUUCUUUCAAUACUUUGUUUCACUCGCAGGCUUUUUGGGGGUUGAUGCUGCCUGUUUCGAUUAGUUCUAUGGCUUCGGAUGUGUUGAGGGGGUAUUGGGCACAGAGGAUACUGUGGGAGAUUGGUGGGUUUGUGGCAGUUUAUCCUCCAACAAUUCAUCGGGUGGAUAAUGCUCAGUCGUACCCUUUUGCUGAGGAGAAGGAUCUUCAUGUCAACGUAGGGAGGUUGAUCAAGUUCUUACUGUCUUGGAGGUCGAAUAAGCCGACUUUGUUUGAGAGGAUCUUGCAUCUUAGCUAUGCGAUGGCUGAGGAGGGCUUUUGGACGGAGUUGGAUGUGAAGUUUACUGCUGCUUGGCUGCAGGAUUUGUUGUCGGUUGGGUACCAGCAGCCGAGGUUGAUGUCAUUGGAGCUUGAUCGGCCAAGGGCGACUAUUGGGCAUGGAGAUAGGAGGGAAUUUGUGCCUAAAAAGUUGCCAUCGGUGCAUCUUGGGGUUGAGGAGGUUGGAACGGUGAAUUAUGAGAUUGGGAAUCUUAUUAGGUGGAGGAAGAACUUUGGGAAUGUGGUGCUUGUAAUGUACUGCAGUGGGCCUGUGGAGCGUACUGCUCUUGAGUGGAGGUUGCUCUAUGGAAGGAUAUUCAAAACUGUUAUAAUCCUUUCAGAACAGAAGAAUGUGGAUUUGGUUGUGGAGGAUGGUCAGUUGUCCCAUGCAUACAAGUACUUGCCCAAAGUGUUUGAACGCUAUGCUGGUGCUGAGGGAUUUUUAUUCCUUCAGGACAAUAUGAUUCUCAACUACUGGAAUCUCUUGCAGGCAAACAAGGGAAAAUUGUGGAUCACCAACAAGGUAUCUAAGUCUUGGGUUUCCGUCACAAUAGAUGAGAAUAGCUCCAAAUGGUUUAAAAAACAAGCUGCACUAGUGAAACAAGUUGUAAACAAUUUUCCAGUUCAUUUCCAAGUUAGUUACAAAGAAACCAUGCCAGAAGAGAACAAACUGAUCAUCUGUGGCAGUGAAAUUUUCUACAUUCCUCAACGUCACGCUGGUGACUUUACUGAUCUCGUGGGGCUUCUUGGAGAUAUGAAUAUCCACCACAAAGUCGCAGUGCCCAUGUUUUUCUUGGCAAUGGAUUCGCCACAAAAUUAUGAUUCCGAAGCUCUCUCAAAUAUUGUGUACAGUCCCGAAAAACCAGCCAAUUCUUCUUUGGCUAAUGUCUAUUCUACUCGAGUACCUGCGGUUUACCCCUUGGAUAUUCACGAUGAGAUUGAAUUCAUCAAGUUGAUUAGAGUUAUGUCUUCUGGGGAUCCCCUUUUAAUGGAGCUUGUAUGAUUGUAAUGAAUAUAGAAACACAUUCCUGAAGUUGGGGAUAAAGAAAGCAUGUAAGAUUUUGGUAAUCAGUUGUUAGGCCAGAUUCUGUGAUUUUUUGCAAGGUUAGGUGGCUGUUGUAUAAUUUUUCCAAGUUUUCCCCCCCUCUUGGUGUAUGUUGUAACAUUUUAUUAAAGCAAUACGAGUUCUUUCAAUUUGCAUUUCUCC